AUGAUAAGAGCGCUGAAUACCGGCGGCUUAGGAAAGCAAACCGUGUACCACGCCCUACAGGAGGGGCCCAACGCGGCCAUUUCAGAAACUGUGGCUUCGAUCGAUGAAGAAAUCCAAGGACUUCGGCAGCAGCUUGGCCGGUUCAAAGAAGAGGAAAAAAGGGCACAUGCGGAGCUGCUAGCUCUCGGUACAAGACCCUUACUCUGUGAACUCCGGCGUGAUAUCAACCAGCUAGAACAAGAUAUCCAAUCCACCCUCGUGCAUCUGUCACGGGACGGCCAGGUGAAUUCUGGCCCCGUGUCUCAGGAAUGUUUGGCGGAUGUCAGUAGAGACUGGAAAAGGUGGCAAAAGCAUGCCAAAGCCCGCCAUCGAAUUUGUUUCGACAUGUGGCAGAGGUGCUCGGAGGUCAUUCCGGGGGACAUGAGUCGGGACGAGCUUUGGGAAUCCUUAGGGCUCGAGGGGGAUCCUUUUCAUUGA